AGUCUGUCAAGCAUGAAGGCGCCUUCUGUUCUCUGUACAGACCUCUAGCCUCUCGGGGACUCUCUCCUCCCUUCACCGCGAGCCCCGUCGUCGUCGUCGUCAAUUCCGAUGCAGCAGCGGCGCGGCCGGCCAUCCGGCACGGAUGGCUCCGACUUCUCCUACCGCAUGGUCGUCGACUCCCGGUACCAGAGAGUCGCCGACGGCAGAUCCAGGCUCGCCAGCCUCAUCCUCGUACAGGCGCUGCACCAGGUCGCCGGUGGGGCAUUGUUGUUCCUCUCGCUGUCGAAGGGGGCGGAAGUGAACAAGUUCGCCGUUCUUUCCGUGGCAGCAGGGCUGCUGGCCAUUCUGUUGGGUGAAUUAGGGCGGAGGCGGACUAUGGCAGUGCUGCUUCGGCUGUACACAAGCUUUUCAUCAAUUGCUGUUGCAUUCUCUGUGACGUGCAUUAUUCGGUCAGAGUUGUUCGUCAAGAUCAUGAAGCAAAACACUGGAGCCAUAACUAGCUAUGAAUUGUUCGAUGUGGUUCGUGUUGUACUCGGUGUACUGCUUCAGAUGGUGGUUAUCGCUACAACUACCAGACUCCUACAGAAUAUGUCUCCUCCCAAGAGAGCUUCUUGAACAUCGUGACACUGUAGUUGUUGUUCUACCCUUAGAAAAGAAUACCCUUGUGGAGGUAUACUUAAUGUGGGGCUAGAGACUUCUUCUUUUGAGAAGGGGCUAGAGCCUUCUAAAGAAGUGGCAAUUGGUGCACAACCUUCAUGACGAUCCUGAGUUGCUCGUUUUUAGCCCCUGUUGUAUUCUCCUUAUGUGUCCCCCAUUACAGAACUUGUAUUGACUAAAAGGCUAAUGAAGCGUCUAGCAGAACUCUCUGACAGAGGAUGCACUGGA